AGGAAAGAUUCCGUCUGAAAUUAAAAAAAAAAGGAAAAUUAAAAGUGAAAUUGCCACAGAAAGAUCCCGCGAAUCGAUUCAUCAGAUGUCCGGGAAAGUUGGAGAUAUGCUCGUCAUCCUAGCAAGUCUGAUUGUUGUCGGUGUGUCAUCGGAGCCAGUGCAGCAAGAAUACAGCGAUGAUAGCAUCCGAGAGGAGCGCCAAUUGCCGGAGGAUUCGUACAACGGACCCGUGGACUUACACGAUCAAUUACAAAGUUUGACGUACGUCAACACCGAAGAAACUGCUGAUGAUGGUCCCCCACAUAAUAGCUGGAGUGCCCUAGUCCCAGGAACUCCAGGUACGGAUUACCCUAACCUCAACAAAAUCCCAGAGACUUCGUUUUCCUGUGGAGAUAAAACACCAGGAGGUUACUACGCCGACAUGGAGACCGGUUGCCAGGUUUUCCACAUAUGCAACAUCGGCGGGUCGAAAAGUUCAUUUUUGUGCCCCGAGGGUAGUAUUUUUAAUCAAAGGCAUUUCGUAUGCGACUGGUGGUACGGAUUUCAUUGUGAGGAAGCAGAAUCUCUCUACCCCGAGAAUAAUCCCGAGAGCAACGAGACUAAUGAUACCGAAUCGAUUGAUUCACCGGUGUCCGAAUCGAUUGAUAAUUACGGAUCAAUAAACUUUCGUAAUGAUUCCCCCAAGGAUCUGACGUUAGCAAGGAGCGGUGAGGGUGGGUCCCUGGAGAGAUUGCCAAAGGACAAUCAACGUGAACCACUUAGCGAUGAACAAAGGAACAUGGCACAUCAUAACGAGAAACUCGAUCGAAAGUUGAGAGGGAAUUACCGCAAUGAGGAGAAAUUUCGUCAGUAUCGAUUGAUAAAUAGCGAGAAUGCAAGGGAGAAUUUGGAUUUGGGGGAUGACAGGGGUGAGGAAGGAAGGAUGAGGGAUAGAGAAUUUUCUGGAAAUACCGAUGGCCAAGAUUUCCAGGACACGACACCGAGAGGUUUCUCUUUCAAUCGACCAACUCGGAGGAUUUCAUAUCCGAGAUCGAGUCAAAUUCCUAGAGCUUCUCCCAAUUUCCAGGUGGAGGGAAUCCUUUUCAAUUCCACUGACGAAGAAAUUAGAUAUGUCCCUGCCUUGUAAUCAGGGAGAAGUAUUUCUGCAUAAAUUAAUUUGACGUCAUGAGUGACGUAGGACAUUUUAUUAAUCUCGUGUAAUUGAAGUUAAUUAUUUUUACGCGGAUAGGAAUAUAAUAGAAUAUGACGACAGUAAAAUCUCAGGACAAAUAUUGUCUCGAGAAAAUGACUGAGAAAAGUCAGAACGACUCUAGAGUACUUUAUAUAUUUAUAAAAAUGGAAAUAUUAAUUUACUGAAUUCCUAGAAAAUUAUAAUGUAGAUCCCACCAA